AAUUAUGUUACAGUAAUCAAUUCGUGUUACUGUUCGAGUUUUACGUAUAAAAACAGCAAAUGGAUUCAUUUCAAGUGCUCGAAUGAAGCAGGAUCUUGUUCUCGGUGACUGUCUUAUAAUGGCUUCCUGAAAGAAACGAGUUUCGGGAAGCCAAAGACAGAAAAUGUAGAGAUUCUCCAACAAAAACUUCUACGUUUUAACGCUAAUUUCUUCUCUAUUACUUCCUGUACGUUACUGUGAUGCUGAAGGAAACGGCGAGUUUUCUUCUUGAUUCGUGUUUAUUCGAGUAAAUAUACGGUCUUUAAGCGGGCAAAUUUUCUAUGUUUUACUAAAGUGUGUUCUUAAACUAACAAAAUGGAGAACGAAAAAAAUGUGAAGGAGAACGAGAAAAGUUCCAAAAUAUCAUUCAGUAUCAUCGAGUUUCUGGGAUUAUUUCUGAUAUUGAUUGGGACUUUAAUAGCUAUAUUUUCGCCCCGUAUGGGCGAUAUUGAAAAUACUAUGGCAGCUUUGGGAUACAUCAUUAUCAUCUUGGGCAUUCUAGUUAUAUUUAUAGGCUGUAUAUUCAGUGUAUUCAGCGAUAGAAAGAAAAGUAAAGAGAAGGACGAAGAAGCUGCUGCCUCCGACAAUCCCGCAAACGUUGAUAUAUCAAAUUCUCCCUCUAACGAAGAUUUAUCACGUAUGAAUCAGUGUAACAUUGAAAUGCCCUUCGAGCAAUCUAAACUGGCUUUAUCAUCGCCAUCGACGUCAGAAGAUGGACACAGACUUUCUAUAGAUGAACCUCCCCCUUCUUACUACGAAGCAGUUGGAAUUUCGUCGUGAUUAGUCAACCAUUUUUUAUAUAAUUAAUUUUAUAUUCUUUUAUUCUGGAUAAAGGUGGAUUGAUAUAGUUUGAUUUUAAGAUAAAUAUCGUCCUGCUUUAAUUUAUGGUGCAAUAAAGUUUUGAAGUGGAACGUGUUGUGUGUCACGAACACUUUUUCAAUGUCCUGUACGUUUUCUAGCUUUAAUUCGUGUAAAACGUUUGUUUCGAGGAAUAUUUAUUACGCAAAAUUACCUUUUUGUAUGUACGAAUUAUAGUUUUAAGUGUGUUUAAUUAAUUAACAAUUUGUAAAUUUUUGUACGGUUUAUUUUUAUGCUUUACGAAACUAUUCAAUCUGCCUGUUAAUCAAGUUCCUAGCAGUUUUUAUAUACAGUCGAACCUCCGAUAACGUCCACCUGUAAACAGCGGCCAUUUUUUACGUGAUUUUGUAUGCACUUUUAUUAGAAUAACAAUAACAAUCAUAAUAAUAACUUGUAAACAACGGUCACGUCAGAGCAGGGGCUACUUUUUAUGUGUCCCCCUCGUUGGCCGUCGUUCACAGGUUUGACUGUAUAUUAAACGGAACUAAAACGUGUUUCUGGUGCUAAAUAGUCAUCAUUCUUUAAAUCGAAUUACUCAAUUUUUCUUUUAUUCGAAUGAAAACAAUCAGGUCAAGCAAUUAAAAUUUGCUUUGUUAUCACGAAUUAGAUCAAAUAUUGUUUAUACAUCCGAUAUUUCCUUACUUUGUAUUGACCCUUUUUCUUUAAAAAAGUAUAAAAAUGAUCAAAUUUUAUAUGCAAAAAUUCUUUUAAUAUUAAUCUGGUGUAUUUUAUGCAAAGGUUUGUACAUACAACUACCCCAGGACCAUUGUGAAACUUCAAUGACCCGAGUCAUUGCUCAAAAGUUUGACCCAAUUAGAUCAGACACCUCAGGGAUUUUAUGUUCGAAUAUACGUUUUGCUAUUGUAUAUGUGUACGUCUUUAUAUAAAUAAAUUAUGUACAAAUAAAUAAAUAUAAAAAAAGUGUGAAAAAUUGUUUAAACAACUCAAAAAGCUUUUAUU